AUGCCACAGACGCAGGGGACAUUUGGUUUCUACUUUCACAUUGGCGAGGCACUUUAUGGUGUUACUGCACGCCAUGUGCUGUUUGGGUUAAACCAAGCCAACGAAGAGUACACCUACGUCUCUUUCGACGACUUCUUGAAAUCUAUUCAGGCCGAAAUCGACCGCCUGUUUAACACCGUCACCUUCUUGGACAGCUGCAUUAAGGCGUUCACCGGUAAGCCACUGCGGGCAGGACCACUGGAGACCGCCAAAACCGACUUGAAGCAAACAAACGAGAAGAUCGAGGCCCUCAAGGAGUUUUAUAACAUGAUGCAGAUGGACUGGUCCGAACCGAAGAGCCGCGUCAUUGGCCACGUCGUGUGGGCCCCACCGAUCACUGGCAACACUCUUCCCCAUGGGUACACGCAGGACGUCUGUGUCGUCAAACUUGACAAGAAUAGGUUCAUGCCAAACUUUGUCCAGAAUGUCAUUAACCUGGGCGUGAAGAUUGACCCCGGCGAAUUCAUGAGCAUGAUGUACGACGACAAGGCUGAUUUCGACUACCCCUGGGACCGCCAUCUCUUCAAGCUCUGGAGCAUCCUCCCCGCCGAACAGAUCAGUUAUUCUACCGCUGGCGACGUUCCCGUGCGGUUCGUUUUCAAAAAUGGCUCCACAACGGGAACAACCAUCGGCCGUCUGAGUCGAUUCCAAUCCAAAGUGCGUAUGUACGGCCUCACCGGCACCUUCACUUCCACGGAAACCCCAGUCUUGCCCUACGGCUCGAACUCAUACUUUGGCACAUUCUCUGAAGAUGGGGACUCUGGGGCUGUUGUUUGUGGUCCUAACGUCGAUAUCGCGUACACGACGCCGAUGCAUUGGCUUUGGGACGAAGUUAUCCUGGCUAGGUUCCCAGGCGCCAGCCUUUACUUCGACUAG